AUGGCUCCUAAGGUUGGAAUCAACGGCUUCGGUCGUAUUGGCCGUAUCGUCUUCCGUAACGCCAUCGCCCACGGUGACGUUGAGGUUGUUGCCGUCAACGACCCCUUCAUUGAAACCCACUAUGCUGCCUACAUGCUCAAGUAUGACAGCACCCACGGUCAGUUCAAGGGCACUGUCGAGACCUACGACCAGGGCCUCAUCGUCAACGGCAAGAAGAUCCGUUUCUUCGCCGAGCGUGACCCUGCUCAAAUCCCCUGGUCCGAGGCCGGCGCUGCUUACAUCGUCGAGUCCACCGGUGUCUUCACCACCACCGAGAAGGCCUCCGCCCACUUGAAGGGUGGUGCCAAGAAGGUCAUCAUCUCUGCUCCCUCUGCUGAUGCCCCUAUGUUCGUUAUGGGUGUCAACAACGAGACCUACAAGUCCGACAUCAACGUCCUUUCCAACGCCUCUUGCACCACCAACUGCCUUGCUCCCCUUGCCAAGGUUAUCAACGACAACUUCGGUAUCGUUGAGGGUCUCAUGACCACUGUCCACUCCUACACUGCCACCCAGAAGACUGUUGAUGCUCCCUCCAACAAGGACUGGCGUGGUGGCCGUACUGCCGCUCAGAACAUCAUCCCCAGCUCCACCGGUGCUGCCAAGGCUGUCGGCAAGGUCAUCCCUUCUCUCAAUGGCAAGCUCACCGGUAUGGCCAUGCGUGUGCCCACCGCCAACGUCUCCGUUGUCGACCUUACCUGCCGUACCGAGAAGUCUGUCUCUUACGAUGACAUCAAGAAGGCUAUCAAGGCUGCUUCCGAGGGCCAGCUCAAGGGCAUUCUCGGCUACACUGAGGACGAAGUUGUCUCCUCUGACCUGAACGGCGAUGACCACUCCUCUAUCUUCGAUGCCAAGGCCGGUAUCGCCCUUAACGACCACUUUAUCAAGCUUGUCUCCUGGUACGACAACGAGUGGGGCUACUCCCGCCGUGUUGUUGACCUUAUUGCCUACAUCUCCAAGGUCGAUGGCCAGUAG